AUGAACGCCUUAGAAGAGUUCGACGAAGCCGCCCGUCUCAUCGAGGUCUUGCGAGGCACGGCGAAGAAGCACGAAGAUGUAGCCGUGUACGAACGGGACAUCAGCAAAUGGAAGGCUCGGAUGACCACCCACCAUCGCUCAACCACUCAGAAGGUCAGAACACAGGCGAUCGAGAAGAAUACGAAGACAGACGGUGCCAACACCGGGCGUGCUGAUGAUAACUCCCAAGCCACGGGUAACAAGGACAAGGAGGAAGAUCCCUUAGCCAUUCGAGAUGCAAAGAAGACCAUCUCGGAGUUCAUGCGCCUCUGUGCGCGAGGGCUAAGCGACUUCAAACCGACCGAAGACGGCGACUGCCCGGACCCGUCGACGACGAUGGGCAUGGCUGACUGCUGCCUUGGUGUCGUGGGCGAGAAGCACUUAAAGGUAUUCGCGCUAGUGAAGAAGGCAGCUGAGGUGGAUGAGCGGGCACAAGAGAUUUCUCAAGACCCAAGAAGCUACGUCGUGUGUGGGAGUGCACCAGGGACGUGUUAUGGUAGAAAAGCCGGAAACCACCCUCAGCACUGCCCCUGA